AUAGCAUCUACCAAUCUCUCUCCAAUGCCAAUAAAAUCAAAAUCCCAUCCGCAGCAAAUUAUCAGAGAAAGAAAGAAGUGGUUAUUAUUGAAUUGGCCCAUCAUGGGAAAAUCUUCUUCUUCUAUCAGAAAGAAACGCUCCAAAUAUUCCUCUCAGGGUCGUGCAAGGAAGAAAAAAGAUACUAGGAGAAGUAAAUCAAAGAGGCUGCGGCGUCGUGACGGGUCUUAUUCGGAUGAUGAUUCGAGAAGUUCACUGUCUGUCUCAUCUUUUGAUUCUGAGGAUAGUUUCAGAAGGAGAAGGUCUAGGUCUCGCACUAGAAAGGAUGUGAAGGGGACUAAAAAGAGGGCUCGGUCUUCUAGCAGUGAGGAGUCUCCUCAUGCGAGAAAGCGAAAAGGGUCCAAAAGAAUUGGUGAGAGGAAGAAAAUGCAUGAGAAGAAGACAAAGAAGAGGAGGAAGAAGAAGGGUAGGAGAGAUUCAAGUGUUAGUUCUAGUAGUGGUGAGUCUCGGAGCUGUUCAACUUGUCAGAGUCAGAGUGAUGAGAGUGAAUAUGAGAGGUGUAAGGGCAGGCCUGAAAGAAGAGAUGAUGAAAAACGAAAAUCAGAGAAUAUUAGAAGUGGAGCUAAAAGGAGGAGAUACAGAUCAGGAAGUUGUUCUUCAUGUAGUAGACAUGAUGAUAGUAGUGAUUUUUUGAUGUCAAACAUAAUGACUGGUGAGAACACCUCAAAGCGGCUGAGGUCCAUUAUUAUUCUUCCAGGGGAGGAUAGCGAGGUCAGAGAAUUGGACAAGGAUAAGCAUAAAGAGGAGAUAACAUAUGAUCAUGAUGAUUAUCCUUCUUCUAGAAGCAAUGAUAGUAAUGAUGGGCUAAAUAACAUGGAGGAAAGGCCUAUAGAGGAUGAGAAAAGAGAAGAUGCUGCUGCUUCCAAUAGUAAAGCCAUUGAACUCACAGAAAGUAACAAGGUUGGAGAGGGUCAACAUACUAGAAAUAAGCCUGGCUAUGACGUUGGCAGGGUUGGGACAAAUGAUACUAAAAAGGAACAGAAUGAUGUUUCGGGGGUCAUUGUUAAUACUGCGAAUGUUGAUGAUUUGGAGACAGUUUUAAGACAAAAGGCUUUGGAAAAUCUAAAAACUUUCCGAAGUGGACUUGGAGGGUUCCAAACAAAUGCAAAGAGUGCUGUUAUUCAGAAGGAUAAGCGUGAUGGUACUGCCCAAUCACCAUUUUCUGUGAUGCCUGAACUAGGCCAAACUAAAAUCCCCAAGGUUGUUGGUACUAGAAUGGCGGGAGAAGAUUCUGCUCAUUCAUCACUAAACGAGAAGAUUCCUGAUGGAGGGAUUUGUGGCAGUGAAUCUUGCUCUGCUAAGAAUAAUGUUCAUCCACCUGACCAGGUGGCUAUUCCUGGCAGAGAAAAGGUUAGUACAUUUGCUAGUUCUAGUAAAAACAAACCACGGUUGAUUACAUCAGCAUCGAGGAAAGCAUUAUCAAAUGUUACUACCACCCUGAAAGAAACACCAGCUUCACGGGAAACCAAUCAGCCAAAGUUGGCGAGUGGCACUAGCAUAGGUAGGAGUGUUACCCUGAAAGAAACACCUGCUUCAUGUGAAGCCAAUCAGGCAAAGUUGUCGAUUGGGAUUAGCUUUGGUAAGAGUGUCACCUUGAAAGAAACACCUGCCUCCCUGGAAGCCAGUCAGGCAAAGUUGGUGAGUGGGAUUAAAGUAUGUAAGAAUGCCAUACAUGGUGAUCACACUGUCACCCCUCCCACAGGCACUGACAAUGAUGACAGAGCUAAUGAUUCCUCUGUUUCUGAUCCUGCUGAGCCUUCCUCGUGCCUUAGAUCUGCAGCAGGAGAUAUUAGCUUGAAUGAAUCACAAGAUGAAGGCAAGGAAGGCACGCAGCUGGAACAGAAGACAAUGUCUGUGAUGCGGGGUGGGGAAAUGGUACAGGUGAACUACAAGGUCUACAUUCCUAAGAAAACCCCUGCUUUGGCUAGGAGGCAACUCAAGCGGUGAUGUUUAUGUUGAAUUGCAAUAUCUACUUUCUAAGAAAACCACCACAUGUGAAGGUUUUGCUGAUGCAUACUCUAAUAAUAGUAGCACAACUAGGUACGAACCUUGAAAACUAAUUUGUGAUUGACCUUUAGUCAGCAACUGAUCAUUAGUUGAAAGAACAUUGAUAUUUGAAUUAAUGGUGGAUUUAUUUCUUGUUUC